AUGGAUACUAUUUCUGAAGACACUCCUUCUUAAUCUUAUAUAAAGGAUGCAUCCAUGCAAGAGAAAACAGAUAAUCCUUAAAACUUUGAAAAGUUAGAGGCUUGUUAUUUAAAGAGGAAAGUAAAAGCAAUUUAGAACAUUUGUGAAAAAUACUCAAUUUUUUUAUACUUUUUAUUGGGAAUAGAUCUAAACAAACACUAAAUUGACAUACUUCAAUAGAUGUGGGGUAAUUUUAGUAUGGAAACCUAAGAAACUUAACUUCCCGAUGCGAUAAUAAAAUUUCCUAAUCCUGAUUAUGGAUAAUCAAGUUCUCAUUCAAUAUCUGUAACUGAAGGAUUUGAAUUAGUUAAGACUCUGGUGAAAUUUAAUAAAGGUAGUAUGGAGGAGAAAAUAUUAUUAAAGGCAUGUGAAGGUGUAUUAUAAAUUUUGGAUGAUUCAAAGGAAAAUUCAAAGCAUAAUCGUAAAAAAUUAUUUAGAUAGAAGGUGAGAAGAGAGAAUUAAUUUAUUCAAUUUGAAAACACAGAGGAGUCAAAACGAUUAGAAACUAGUGCAACAAUUAAUGAGAUGGAUGAGAAAGAAAAGUUAAAGGAUUAGCUAGUUUUAAAGCUCAGUAAUAAGUUAACUGGAAGUUGGUAGUUUGAUUCAGAUUAGAAUUAAAUUAAUGAAGCUUUCGAAAUAGAUUAUAAAUUGUUGAAAUUCUUACCAAACAAAAAAGUAAAUAAGGGUGGUUAUCUUGUUAAAUAUGAAAAUGAAUGGCAUAGAACAAAAAGAGAUACAAAAGAUUUUUCAACUUUAGUGAGAAACUUGAUUUGCUUGAUUCUAUGCAGACAAGGAUACUUUACUCAAUAAUUUUUAUCAAAAAAUGGAAAGUAUAUAUUUUGUUCUUUGUUUGCAACAGAAGAAAGCUUGAAAAUUUAAGCAGAAUCCUAAGGACUUUUUAAACUUUUAAACAUAUAGUUUAUAGAUCUAUACUCUUUCGAACCUCUUGAUAAGAGUUAUAGACCCCUCAGAUUAAAUAACAGAUUAUGGAAACCUCAGAAUUAUAAGAAUCUCUCUUCAAUGUUUUUGUACUUUAGACCAAUUUUAGUCGAGUUGAUUUAAGAGAUAGAUUUCAAAAGAAUAGCUAGAGAAGUUAAUUAGAGCGGAAUCAAUUAAAAAUUAUUUAAUUAUGGAUUUGAAAUGUAUGAUGAUUAGGAUUGUCCUUCUGAUCAAGAAUGGGCAGCCUACUAUUUCUUUUUGACUCAUUUACAUUAGUAAAUCACUGCUACAAGAUCGAGCUUUAAGAUACAUAAUGAUAUUGCAGCCUUAAUCAAUAAAUAGAUCACUCCAUUAGAAUUAUACUUAAGAAGAGUAUAAUCAGAAAAUUGGGUCAAAGCAAAAAACACAAAAUAAAGUAAUACUUACUAUUAAGAUCUUGAAGAUAUUAAGAAUAAAAAAAUUGAAUAACUUAAGAAGGAUGCUAGUGGUGUUAUUGAAGAAUAUAAGAAUAUUUUUAAUUUAACUACUGCCCCUUAUACAAAACUAAUAAAAGUCUUAAAAAAGGAAUAAUUAGCUAAGAAAUAUUUGGAAAUAUUCAAGGAAUCUCUUAAAGUAGCAAAUAACGAAAAGAAAUAUCUAAAAUGUCUAUGGGACUUAGUAUAUUUGGAUCAGCCUUUAAAUAUGAAGACUAAGUAUUCGAAUCCUUAACCAGAUAGAUCACUGCAUCAUAAACAUUGUCAGUUGAUGUGUUGGAAAAAGUACUAAUUGAACUAAGGAGAAAAGGUAACAAUAUUUUAGUCGUCAGAAAGAUUGAGACUAGCUUAUCUGAAUAUAUAUUAAAACUUUAAUAUCUCCUUGCUUACUCAAAAAGGUCUAAUCAAAUAAUUAUUUUGUUUGCAUGAUAACUUCGAACUUUAUGGCAUUUACUAUUCCUCCUAUGAGAAUUUAUCUCGAAAUAGAGAAUAAUUUUAUUAAGAAAAACUAUUUGAUAUUGCAACCCAAUUGAAAUUCCAUUUAUUAAAUCCAAUGAAAAUGAAAUUCGAUUUGUUAUGUUAAUAUUUUGGAGAGUCUGUAGGAACCUACUUUUAUUUCCUUUGUUUUUUCUCUUAAAUGCUACUGUAUCAAAAUUGCUUAGGCUUACUCUACUACUUGAUUUAAAUACCAUCCAAAAUUAUCUACCUCGUUUUUUAAUUAUAGAUAACAUCACUUUACACUUCUAAAUGGGAAUAAUAAUUAAAAAUAUUCAAUUAAUCUUUUGGCAUCAAUAGUCAAGAGGAUAUAGAUACUACUUCAAACAAAUAAAUUGGAGAACCUAAAAGAUCCCUCAUAAAUGAUUAAAUGAAUGUACCUUCUAUCAAUGAAUUAGAUUAAAUAUUUAGGGAAUGUGUUUCCAUGUUAAUUUUUAUAUUGCUUCAAUUGCUAUACUCAGUCAUAUUUAUAGCACUUUAUUUCUUAUGUGCAUGGUUUCAGUCUCUGUUCAAAUAGACCACCGCUAUUAAUAAUUCUGAAAUUAUAAUUAUUGCUAUCUUACAUCUAGGUCUAAAUAAGCUAUACACAUUUCAUGCCUAAAAAACCAUUUAAUAGUUAGUUGAUUUUGAAUAGCAACGAACGAUUUAGGCUGUAAAAUUGAGUUACAAUUUAAAACUCUAUUCUUUUUCGAUCAUCUAAUAAUUGGGGCCUCUUUUGAUUUUAAGAUUCUUUAAUCACUCAUUUUAGUUGGUCUGCUAAUCUGAUUCUUGUGAAUAGUACAUUGGAUAUUACUUUCUUACUUAUAUAAUAAUAAAGAGCGUUGAAAAAUUAUGUGUUUUUCUAUUUAAUUUUUAUUCCUUAAGAAGAUAACCUUUGUUUAUUUAUAAAUUCCAAUAGCAUGAUAUCAACGAGUACAUUGAAGUUCAAUCUAAGAAGCCUUCCAAUAUAAAAGAUCAAUAUUUUAAUUGCAUAGAAGAAAACUUAUAGUAAAAUAUGGUGGAACUGACUAUUUUAACAUAUUUUGCGUACAUCUAUCCAAUCACAUACUUUAUGCAAUGGCUAUUGUUUGUAGUUUAGAUCUAUGCAGAUAAAGCACAAUACCUCUAUUAUUAUUAAAGACCUUGGCCAUAAAUCGAUUGUUUUGUCAAAGUUUGGAAUAACAUUCUUUAAUAUAUCAUAUUGUCUAGUGUAAUAAUAACAAGUUAUGGAUUAUCGAAUUCUCUUGUUUUUUAAGAUAAAAGUUAGAUAUUUGUAUUCGUUUCAUUUAUGCUCCUCAGUUACACCAUGAAUUUUGUAUACUAAGUAUGGUAUUCAGAAACGCCUUCCUAUUUAUAGAAAUGA